AUGGAUUAUAAAGAGAAAGCAGAAUCUGUUUCGGACUGUCUGCUGGGUUUCAGGAGGGACGGGUUCGGAUGGAAAAUCUGCAGGAAAACGAACAGUGUAUCUGUAUCUUGGCGUCCCUCCUCGGAGUUUCCUGGAAACAUCUACAAAGGUGAUGGCAUCAUCAGCAGCCAUCCUGACAAAGUCUGGGAGUGUCUGAAACCGGUUCCUGGUGGACUCCGGGUCCAGUGGGACAACAACGUCAAGAAGUUUGAGCUUCUGGAACAAAUCUCUGAGGAUUAUUCGGUGUGCAGAACCGUCACACCUUCAGCGAUGAUGGGGAUCAUCGCUCCUCGAGACUUUGUCGAUGUUGUUUUAGUCAAACAAUAUGAGGACGGCAGCAUCUCCUCAAACGCCAUGAAUGUGGUCCAUCCCAGUUGUCCUCCUCAGCCGGGGUUUGUCAGAGGAUUUAAUCAUGCAUGUGGCUGCAUCUGUGUUCCUGUGUCUGGAGAGCCAAACAAAACCCAGGUGUUGAGUUUCUUCCAGACAGACCUGGGUGGUCUCCUCCCUCGGUCAGUGGUGGACUCCUUCUUUCCUUCCAGCAUGGUGGAGUUCUACAGCAACCUGAACAAAGCUGUUAGGUCCCUCAAUGACCUUUGA